UUGCGCCAGGAAGCCAGUGGCCCGCCUUUUCAGAGGGGGGUUUUGUUGUGCGAAAACUCUGCGGGAAGCCAGAACACCAACGACCGCGUUCUUGCAGCAAAUCAUGACGUCCAGCAGCUCUUAGAACAAGUGAACAAGUUCAUCAAUGAACUCACGGCCGACCUGAUGCGGAACCCCUUUGGUGCCGACUGGCGGAAGAAAUUCACUGAGCUCAAGCAAGAAACCAUCGAGAUCCGUAAGGAGGUGCAUGCCAUUCGAAUCGCAACCACUAUACCGGCGAGGAAUCAAACAGGACCAUCAGAACAAGUAUUCUCAUACGUCGAGGCCCUCAAGCGUGGUACAACGGCACCCGCCCACUUCCUCUCAGCUCAUGGAUCAACCAGCACCCAGGCGGCCAGCCCCUCUGAGCUUUCGAAGGACCAGCUCGGAGAUCAGGAGAUAGCUGAGAAGCCGACGAUGCUCGCGGCUGGUGCGACCGCGGGCCCAGACCCUGUUUUGGCCGCCAUUCAGUUUGUGGCAGCCCGCCAGCUGAAAUCCGGGGAUCUCAGCGUCAGGCUGAGAUCGACCAGAGAUGUCGAGGCUGCCAGGAUCCAUCGGCAUGAAUGGAUCAGACAUUUGUGGAAGGGCGCUGAGGUACGACUGCCGUCCUACGGUGUAGUGAUCCACGAUGCCACU